AACAGCAGCGCUCUCACUAAACGUGCAGUGUGUGUCCCUUUCGGAUGAAACUUGGUUGUGGAUUAGCGUUGCAUCGACCGAGGACCAUUACCAUAUUUGUAAAGUUAAUUAUAACCUCUAAUUAAUAAUUAAAAGUACUUCCAGCAAGUGUGGACAAAGACGAAUGCGGACAUAAAAGCGUGGAAAAGUUCAAAAGGACUUUAAAUGGGCUGGAUGUUGGACUGUUGAAGGUUUCCUGGGUUAAUGGAUUUUAUUAAAAGUAUUCUUUUAGGAAGUCGGAUAAUAAUCAACGGCGAGGAUUUUAAUUCAUUUUGAUCCACUCCAACGAUUUGAGAAAAAGAAAUGUGACCACCUGCUUUUUAUCCAAGACUUGUUCUUCUUUUUAUUUUAAAAGUCAGGUUUUUUAAACCGCCUUGAAUCCAAAGCGAUAAGGAAUGGACUGCUGAAUUUGGCCUGCAAUACGAGGUUUGAAUAAAAGCAUCAAUGGAUUGAAAGAUUCCCUUUUCAGCUUUAAGUGACAAAGUGCCCCAGGCAAGGUCGGGAGAUGUGUGAAGCAGUGUGACGGACGGCCAUGGGACUGGAGAGACGGUGGCUCCCGGCUGUCACGACUGCUGUAGCCAUCUGUCUGCUAAGUGUGUCUCAAUGUGUGGCCUCGUUGGUUCGUGCCAGAGAGGGGGGCUCCGCAGAACUAAGCUGCGAUCUCAAUCCGCCAUCCAAAGAAGGCACCACCCCAAACCUCUUCCCUCUGCAUGUAGUGGAGUGGGUGCGCCUCGGCUACAACGUUCCCAUCCUCAUCAAAUUUGGGGUGUAUGCUCCUCGCGUUCAUCCAAACUACAAGGGUCGUGUGUCUCUGACCAGUGGGGCUUCCCUGUUGGUGGAUCGUCUGACCCAGGAGGACGAGGGCUGGUUUGAAUGUCGCAUUCUGCUCCUGAACAGCAAAAAAGACGACUUCAGAAACGGCACAUGGACCUUCCUCUCCAUCACAGCUCCACCUGUGUUUAUCAAGACACCCCCAACCUUCGUAGAGGUUCUGCUCGGAGACUCGCUGACUCUCAGCUGUGGAGCCCAUGGCAACCCUCGGCCAACUGUUGUCUGGCAUAAAGAUGAGAGCCAAAUAGAGAAACAUGAAAAAAUAAAAGUACUCAAUGGUACCUUGUCUAUGGCCUCUGUCACAAGAAAUAUUUCAGGAGUGUACAAAUGUCACGUGUCCAACUCAGAGGGGAACCUCACCCACUCUACACAGCUGCAGAUCAAAGGACCUCCGAUCAUCAUCAUCUCCCCAGAGGACACCACUCUCAACAUGUCCCAGGAUGCAGUUCUGCAGUGCCAGGCUGACGCCUACCCUUCUAACCUCUCAUACGAUUGGCUGAAACAAGGACAGAAUGUUUACCAUAUUGAGUCGCUUAAAUCCAGAGUGAAGGUUUUAGUGGAUGGAACACUUCUUAUCCCUAAUCUCAUUCCCGAGGAUGCUGGCAACUACACCUGUAUCCCAACAAAUGGGUUACUCACCCCGCCCUCGGCCUCUGCACACCUCAAAGUUAAACACCCUGCACGCGUGGGCCGAAUGUCCCGGGAAACGUACUUACCUUCAGGCAUGGAGGGGGUCAUUAUCUGCCCGGUGCAGGCUGAUCCCCCAGUGCUUUAUGUCAACUGGACCAAAGAUGGGAACCAUUUGAAUCUUGACAAGCUCCCGGGUUGGAUAGUGAACUCCGAGGGCUCUGUUUUCAUAGCAACAGCCAACGACAACGCUGUAGGCAUGUACACGUGUACGGCCUAUAACAGUUAUGGCACCAUGGGACAGUCCGAGCCAACCAAGGUCAUCUUGCAGGACCCACCAUCAUUCCGAGUGCUUCCUCGGCCCGAGUAUCUCCAGGAGGUGGGCAGAGACUUGAUCAUCCACUGUGAAGCCAUCGGAGACCCUGCUCCGAACAUAACUUGGAGCAAGAUUGGCCCUUCCCCUCGCUCCCUGUACACGGUGCUGGCUAACGGCUCCCUGCUGCUGCAGCCGCUCAGUAAAGAUCACCAAGGGGGCUGGGAGUGCUUGGCCACGAAUCGCGUAGCGACUGUCAGUGCCGGCACGGUGGUCAUGGUGCUGGGCACAAGUCCUCAUGUUGUGUCCUCAGUAUCUGUCGUCACAGAGAUGAACCAGGCCAAUGUGUCCUGGGUGCCCGGCUUUGAUGGCGGAUACACCCAGAAGUUCACUGUCUGGGUCAAGCAGGCAUCUCGAGGGAAACACGAAUGGGCGUCUUUGCCUGUGCCAACAUCCAAAACCUACCUGCUGGUGACCGGGCUGCUUGCUGGCACCGGCUAUCAGUUCAGUGUCCUGCCUCAGAAUAAACUCGGCUCCGGACCUUUCAGUGAAAUUGUUUCCGUGCGGACUGAAGAUGUGCCAACAGAAGCCCCUACAGCUGUCACCACUCUCCCAUUCCUGGAUCCUCCAAUAUUCCUGUCAGCCAACCGGACUGACCGAGGUAUUUUCCUCCAGUGGUUGCUUCCAGAGGCUCCAUCUUCUCCACUGACGGGCUUUGUGCUCCAGAGCCGAAGGGAUCAAGGCCAAUGGGUCGUCCUCAACAGCGACAUCAGUGCCAAUCAGAGUGAACUACUUGUACAAGGACUGUUUAGGGAUUCCAGCUAUGAUCUGAGGCUGAUGUCUUGUAGCAACAAAGCUCUUAGUGAACCGAGUGAGUCUGUCAAUGUUUCCACCCUCGGGAUGGAGAUUUACCCCCUGCGCCCGGGUUUCUUGGAGUUCAUCCCUGAGCCCCUGUUGGCUGGUGUGCUAGCAGGAGUGUGCUUCCUGUUCGCGGCCAUCGUUCUCUCGCUGGUGACAGCGUGCUACAUGAGUCAAAGGAGGCAGCGUCGGCGCAGAAAGAGAAGACAAGAUCUCCCACCUGCCCUCCAAAAGAGCUCAUCCCCACAAACUCGAUCACCUCCUCGCAGCCCAGACAGUGUCCUAAAGCUGAAGCUGUGUCCGCCGCUUCCCUUCUUCCCCAACUCCUCCUCCUCCCAGUCCGAUCGGUCGUCCUUCGAUAAAGGCAGCCGCGGGGAAUACUAUGACCAGCGGAAACAACUCCUGUCCAACUCCUCUCCGCCACCACAUUACACACUCUUUGAGAGUCACCUGGGCUCUCAGGACGCCUCACCAUCUGCUCUGGAGUCCAUCUCCAGAGGCCCAGAUGGGCGCUUCACUGUCCAACCCCUGCCAGAGGACUCCAGUCUGUCCAAUAAGAAAAACUCAAGAAUGGAGGUUCUGCAAAGUAACGGCGGGGCGAGUGGCUCAGGGAGCAAUAGGACGUCAUUCAGGGAGUCACCUGAGUCGAGGAUCUUAAGCUCAGAGAAGGACAAGAGGACGGAGUCUCCUCUCACUGUGGACGUCCUAGAGCUGAGCCGACCUCCUUCCUCGCCUGGGCGAGUUCGCGCCAUGGCCAGAAACUUCUCCCGUCACGGCUGCUUUUACUCCGACGACGAACAGGGCUCAGAGGCUCUACUGGAAAGGGCCAGCUUCUGUUCAGACAACAGCGAGAAGAAACCCAGCGAUUCUCUGAGGAGAUAUCGCAUGCCAGGCCACACUGAGGAUCUGUUCCCAAGCCUGGGGAGAAGAACGAAGCAGCUGGACAGAGACAGACGACAGCAUUCAGACUACCAGCCUCUGGAGAGUCAGCUGACUAAUAACAGCACGCUGGUGUCACAGCUCCACAGCGAGCCGGAGGGCGGUAGCAUUAACAAGUGUGUCCAACUGGCAAAAGAGAGGGAAGAAAUGGAGAGGGAGCUGGAGAGCUAUACUGCCGGUCAAUGGAGUCGAGGUAGCAGGAGGGGGGAGGGACAGUCUAGUAAGACGCAAAGCCCUCGAAGGUACACACCCAAGGUAAAGGAAGAGCCCGUAUGGAAGCCACACGAUGUUACGAUAAGACCGAAACACAGGCCCUCGGGUCAAACGAGUCGGGUAUCUGACUAUCGAAGGGCGUGCUACUUUGGGAACACCAGCAGUCCUAUGGACCGGCUCCCGACGUCUCGCAUACAGUGGGACCUGAGCCCUGUUACCUCAGUCACCAGCCUCAUUCCUGUACGGAGCCCCCGGGACACCGCAUCCACCAGACCGCAGCGCGCUCGCCCGUGUCGGGACACCACAGAGGACUCUCUUGCCGUUGACUCCUCGCGCUCUCCAGCCACUCAGAACACCUCCCUCCCCAUGCUGUCUGGUCACAUGACCUCUGAAAGUCUCCCUGUCCUGUGCCUAGAAGCAACAGAUAGAGCCAAGUCACCGAAUCCCCUGAGGGAGACGGACAGAUGCAGGAAGUCCAUGACGGAGCAGGGCUUAAGGGAAAAGACACAGCACGGCAGUGUAGCUUCAAGGUCCAGACACUCGUAUGCUUCUGCAGGCACUCAGCCAGCUGCCAGAGGUCCUUCAGUUGAGAGUGAGAGGCCUGAUGAAGGUUCAGCCUCUGCACAAUUCAACCCGCCUGAGAGAAAUGCUAAGUACUACACAGCCACAGGAGAUCCCAGUCCAUCCAGUUAUGCCACCGUGCCCUAUGAACACCCUGAAGUAGGGGCAAGGGCCAAAGAAAAAGAGACUCAGGCCCGGGAUGACCGACGGAGUUCGGGGUUUUACUCUGAGUUAGAGAGAGAGGGUGUGCGCACACGCUCCAGGAGAAGUGACAAAUGUCUCUUCUCUGAUAGUCCGAGCCCUGUUUCAACGUUGACACUUGUAGAGGAGGUGGAUAGUGACCAGUCCCAAUUGUCUGUCCCUGGAGUGUCGGGGUCCUUCAUGGCUAAGCCUGCAGCUCCAUCUCCCCAGAUGUCCCCUCUGCAGACUAGUGCAAUUCUUGAAUACCUGAGCCUUCCUGGUUUCAUUGAAAUGAGCGUCGAUGAGCCUGUGGAAGACGUCGCUGUCACAGACGCCGCUGGACAAGGCUCACAACUAGAGCAAGAGAAAUCCCCCGGGGCAAAGCCUGAUGUGGUACCAACGAACUGGGAAGUUCAUGUGCAGGACAACCGGGGAACACCCUCCAUGCACCAAUCUGCCAAAGCCAGCUUUGAUUCUGCUAAUAAACACCCCCUCCGUGUGGAAGCUAGAGGUUCUUCACAUAGAGUAAGAUUUCCCGAUGAGGCGACCACAUCGUCGCCCGGUCCAGAGAAAACUAGCAAGCAGCUCUACAAUGAGAAAACACAAAUUCGAGUUGGCAACAAAAGCACAGACACACCUGGAUCCAGGUCAGCUCACACCUUGCUCAGUGCAGCCAGAGGAAUGGCAGAUAUAGUGUCCAAGCACCCGCAGAGCUUUGCAGACAGUGGUGAGUCUGCACCAGAGCAACCCCAAAGACACGCUUCUCAGGGCAGCAGGACUAACAACAUUGCAUCCCGAAUAUGUCUUGCACCUGUACCAUUGCUGAAGAAGUCCUCAAGCAUAGGCCCAUGCAGGACACUCUCGGGUAUGGGACAGCCUCGUCCUUUCCUCAAGAAAUCCAUCAGCCUAGGCUCACAGAGGUGGGAGCACUUUGAGAGCCCCCGGACAUACGUUUCUGAGAAAUGUUACUGGGACGAGUUCCCACACCCAGACGUCAGGGUGAAGUCCAACAGUCUGGGUCGAAGUCCGCCUUCCCUCCCCAGGCCGGGACCCUCCUGGAGGGAGUACGUCCCCUUCAGACGCCCCAGCAUGGGAAGCAUGGAGAUGCCUCGCCACGCACAAAGACCUUUAGCAAGUCCUUCCUACCUCACUCCUUCCGCGUACCCACCCAGAAGAACCUCAAUGUCCCCGAUGCUGGAAGCCUCCGACCUGCGGCGGCAAGCCACUGUUUUCCCAGAGCCCUCCAGGUGGUCGCCAUCUUACGAAGAUACCCCACGGUCUGCACCGCAUAAAUGUGUCCCCGUGCCCUCGUCCCUCCCUGUCCCCCAGUACCAACACUGGCCAGGAUCCAGAGGGGAAAGCAUGAGACCCAUGGACCCCGGCAGGGGCCCACCGAGGACAUACCUGCCCAGGGGCAUCAGCUGGCCCUCACCUUACUACGCCCCGUUCCCACCCAGAGAGGCCGAGUGUUACAGACAGCCUGACAGGGUGAUGAUGAUGAUGAGGAGGGGAGGGGAGACAGAGACCAGGGAGGGAGGCAGGACCAGUUACGCCAGUCAGAGCAGCGGGCGAGGCAGCGCCGGACUCUUCCGACAGUCACUGUCCAUCACUCCCACGCUGCUCAGCUCCCCCGAGACCACGGAGGAGAGCGAGCGGCACACGGCCGAGAUGGAGCUGACUAUAAGGAGGACGAAAAGAAGGAACACAUCAGUAGAUGAGAGUUAUGAGUGGGACUCUGCUGAUGCGUGUGUGGACUCGGAGGUCCUGGAGGCCAUGAGGUUUGAUCAGUCCAACAAAGGUCUUUGGAGAGGCAGGUCGCAGCUCAGAUGUGAUCAAGCCGGUGGCCUCCAGGACCAGCAACGGAAAGGCCCGCGUACCUCAGUCAGCCCGCCUGUUUCCAACCCGGCUCGCUGCCGGUACGGCCGCUCCCUGAGUGAGGCGCGUGUCAACGCUCUCCGCCAGGAGUACCAAGAGCACAGGCAGGCUGAGGAAUCCAUCUGUCCCCGUGAGCCCUGCCUCCACCGUGGCCACGAUUCAGACUCUGACUGCGGCUCGGCGCUGCUCUAGCAGCUCAACUCGGUAUAUCCAAGACAGAGACCAAAAAGCAGUUUGAAUGAACAGACGACAGCACUGUGGUACUGAACACUGUCACACGUCACUGGAGCUUUCCUACGUGGCAAAACCACAUUGUUUCAUAGAGUUUAACAUCUGUUACAGCAGAUUAAACAGACAGCCACAAUAUGCUGUAUGCCAUUAAAUACAACAGAAUGCAACCCCUCAGUUUUUAUCAGCUGACGUCUUAUUUUUCUUGUACUCCGUUGUGGUUUGCACAACGAAGCUGAGAAGGGAUUAUUUAUUUUUCUGAGAAACUCGUGCAACUGUAUUAUUCUUCUUUUUUUUUUAAACCUUGACAAUCAGGCACUCGGGGCCCCUUUGAGGAUCGAAACGCUCCCCCCUGACUGAGAUGAAAAGAGACCUGCUUUGUAAAAGUACUAGCGUGCUACAUAAUGAUGGUUGUAUUUCGAGUUCAUGUCUAUUGCAUCAAAGUAUGUUGGUUUGUUUCCAAGAUAACAUCUGCUAAUGGAAUUGGCUAUGAGUGUAAUGUUGUCGUGUUGCCAAUCAGACACCGAUCAAAGCUUUUUCACCACCGGCUCUCUGAAUAUGACAAGAGUACUUGUAUAAUAGUACCCGAAAAUCACAUCAUUGGGCAACCCUGAUUGUUCUGUAUUGAAAAUAUGAGUUUGUUAUUUGCCACCAUGGUUUUCCUGUUUGUUCCCUCGACUCAUUUCGUGUUUUAUACAAAUAUUCCACAAAACCGUCACGAGAAACUUGAGACUUUAUGAAUGAAAUCACUUCAAAUAGCCUCUCAGUAUUUGUUCCCGAUGUACAAAUGUUUAUAUGCAUCUAAAUGUGAAUGAAACCUGCUGUAUUGUAUAUUCCAACCUUUCAUCAGAUGACAAAAUGCUACUUUACUCCAGCUGAACCGGUCAAAGCCCCUGUGAUUAAAUUACAGAUAGAGUAAAACUUGAUUAAAAAUACAGGGACCAUUUUUUUGCCUUAUUUUCGUUAACGUCACAUGCGCACUACUUGAUUCACCAUCUACGGUUUGAGCUCAUUUAAAAGUGAUGAUCAGAGGAUACAAAAUAGUUGAAACGUUGUUCAUUUUUUACAACGGUUUUGCUCACAUGAUGACUUUCUUUAUACCCAUAAAGGUGAGUUAUUAUAUGCAACAAUGUUUACAAUUUACUUCAUUGUUCUGAAGGCAACACUGUGAAUAUUUCAUAGACUUAUGAUUCUGAUUUGAAUUUCUGUGAAGUCCAAUGAAUUUUAGCCUACUUUUAUUUUAGUUCCUGAAAAGAAUUACUGAAAAAAUCUGUUUUGUAUAACGUCACCUCAUAAACAGAGGUUUUAAGAAUAUCUUUGUAGCUAAGAUUCUAUAUUUGUGCUAUAUUUAACCCAGAGUCUUCAUAUGGAGCGAGUAUGCAUUUCUGAUGAUGGUUUUGGAAGUUUUGUACAAAAUAUACAUUUUUAUAUCUCAACACCUGGUUGUUUAUGUCAUUUUUAUAUGUUUGUACUGAAUGAAUAAAUUGUUUUAUUCUGAAUGCA